AGAAAAACGAGUGUGUUUGUGACCACACGACUGAAGUGAAACUUCUUUAGCUCCACCUGUAUGUAUGUAUAUUGUAUAUGUAUAUGUGUACAAUAUAUACAUAUGUCAUUUACUAUCUAUAGGAGAAGGAGAUAAAGAAAAUGUGCGCGCGCACUGCUUUCUCUUGCUUACAUGCCCCACUCAACUCCCGUUCGCCUCGCCCGAUCACACUUUUCGUAACGCGUUCGCCAGCUUACUCCCAAAGUCAAGCGUGCGUAAAGAAGUUUCAUUUAAAACAAUAAAAAUAAAAUAACAGGUCGUUGUCGUGUCGAGCCCUCACUCAUUAAAACUACCCAACACCAGCAACAGCCGAUUCGCAUCUCAUUAUAAUAAGCUACACUUCAUAAAAAACCUUGACUUCAACUAAAUAAAUAUUUACUUUAACCACCAUAUACACAGGUUCAACCAUAUGUCCAGGGUUUUUUAAAUUCUGUCUGGUAUCGGUAAUUUAGGCGAUGGUGGCCCUCGGCAUCAGAAGUGAUAGGUUGCCAGUUCGAUAUCAAAAACUAAUAAAGUUACUCUUCGAAUCCCAACGAACUGGUUUUUUACUAUUCAUCAACAAGACCUACGGAAGCUAUGAAUGGUGCACGAAUUUUACUAGAAGAUUUAAAAGCUAUCAUACUGUCUAUAGAGUUACCGCGAGUUCGUGGUACCUGUGAUGUUCCGCUGGAAAGGGGACAACUUGAUAUAACCACUGACCCUAAAAAGAUUGUGAAAGCAGUAAAAAAUAUGAUAGAAGGGAUGAUCACGUUAAUGAAUGAAUUAGGAUCGUACGGUGGAUCAUUGGGAAUCUUAGCGUAUACCAUUCUGUUAGAACGCUUAAAACGUAAAUGUUCUUCGAAAGAAGAAGAUUUGUUAUAUCAGAUAGCCAUUACUCAUUCCACUGAGGCUCGAAUGGUGCUACUAGAUUCGAUGGCUAAUGACACAGGAUAUGAUCGGAUCCUUAAACAUUCAUCUAAGAAAUUAUUAUAUAUUCUGCAAAUUUUGAAAGAAUACAAUCCGAAAUAUUACAAUUCACCGGGAGCGCUUAUGAAAAUCAACAAAGGCAGGAAACCAUUGUCUGGAAUCAUAUUUGCACAACAACGGUUCACAGCUAAAGUUUUAUACAACUUACUGAAGGAUGUGAGAGAAGCUAACCCGGACGAGUUUGGUUUUUUAAAACACGAUUUCAUAGUCGGUUUUAAUAUCAACCCCAUGAAAAGCACACGAGAGCAGCAUUACUUGAAAAAGUGUAGCCACAAAGCUCUUCUGAAGUUUAAAAAUAAAGAUUUAAACUGUUUGAUAUCGACCAGUGUCAUAGAAGAGGGUGUCGAUAUCAGUCAAUGCUUGCUCGUGGUGCGCUAUGAUCCGCCAUUGGAAUACAGAUCUUAUAUACAAAGCAAAGGCCGAGCACGAAGCAGUGAAUCUAGUUUUGUACUCUUAGUGAGCGAGACAAAUCGUGAUAAUUUUCUAAAACAAUAUGCUGCGUUUCAGAGGACAGAAAAUUUUAUACAAAGAAUGUUAGUUGGAAACACAGAAGAGAGAGAAGCUCCAACUGCCGAAGACAUAAGAGAGGGCCUUUAUGACGAUGAUGAAAUACCCCCUUACAUUACGGAAUGCGGCAAUCGUCUCUCGGCCGCAUCAGCGAUAAGUCUCAUCAGCCGAUACUGUUCUACUUUACCACACGACCAGUUCACUGUAAUAACACCAAUGUGGAUACUAGAGAAGGACAGGAAUAAGGAAAAAAAUACAAUCACGAUCAUAAUGCCUAUUGCGUGCCCAGUCAAAGAAAAAAUUAAGGGACAACCGUUCGAGACUUUGAAAUCGGCGAAGCGUUCCGCUGCUUUAAAUGCAUGCGUGAGACUCCACCAAGAAGGGGAAUUAGAUCGAGUGACGCUCCUCCCGCGCCAUUAUGGCAAAGUGAAUUUUGAAGAUCCUGAUAUAAAACAGUGUUUCCUAAACUGGCGUUGGGAUGAAAAAGAUGAUAAAGAUGAAAACGCUCCCAAGCCGGGUACAAAGAAAAUGGUGCGCAAAUACGAAAAAGUGUUCCCAUCAUGCCUCAAGUCAUCGAAAACCUGGAUAAUGGGCCAAAGAACGUUUUAUUUACACGUCAUAAAGAUGAAGACUGCUUUCGAAGAACCAUCGGAAUCCCGUGAGAGGGCCCUUUACAAUUUGUUACGGAGAAGUGAAGGCUAUGGGCUAUUGACGCCAUCGGCUUUACCGAAACUUUGUGAUUUCCCAAUGUUCCUUACAGUGGGUGAAGUAGCCACCUCUCUAGAAGUGAAUUAUGCAGUGAUACAGUUGGAUUUGCCUUUGUUCGAAAUCGUCAAACAAUUUCAUCACUUUAUAUUCGAUCAAGUGCUCGAUAUAGCGAAAAAGUUUUUAGUAUACGAUGGCGAAGAUAACAAUAUGUUUGUCGUUCCAAUAAAAUCAGAAGACGGAUAUAACAUUGAUUGGGAUGUUAUGCUGAAGUAUAAAACUGUACGACCUGUGGAAAUUCCUUCCUCGGAGGAAAGAAGGAAACUGCGCGUCACUAGGGAAGAUUAUCAGAACACUGUCGUGACACCUUGGUACAGAGGAUGCCUUUUAACCGAAAGAUACAUAGUUUCGGAUGUAAUCGAGUACAUGACACCUAAAUCUCAGUUUGAUUCGCACUCUUACGGCACAUAUGAAGAUUAUUACGCGAGCAAAUACAAUCUUGAGAUCUAUGGGCAGAAAGACCAACCAUUGCUAGAAGUUCGCAAUAUAAGCACGCGCGGGAACUGCCUAAUGCCUCGGGCUGCGUCUAUCAGAGCGUUCACGGAGAAGCAAAGAAAGUUAGUGGCGGCAGCCCAGGGCGAUGACAAACCGACAAACGCGUUCAUGGAGAUAUUCAUUCCAGAGUUCUGCAUCAAGUACGAUUACCCUGGAGUACUUUGGUAUAAAGCGAUCAUGCUGCCUAGCAUCGUUCACAGAGUUUUCAAUUUACUUAUUGCACAUGAAUUACGAGAAGAAAUUACAAUUGGAACAAAAUAUGGAAAAACUCACUUGGACAGAGGUGAAGAAUGGUUGCCCAUACAAGUAGAUCUACAUAUUGCCAUGAAGUCGCUUUUGUCUCAAGUUGAAGAGCCAACUGCGAUCAACACUAUUGAUCGGAUAAAUAAUCCCAUUGAUGACACCGUACCUCGGCCCCUGAACAUAGUCUCGAUGAAAGAAACUGUGUAUCAACUGCAAAACAAGAAAAUCAGCAAAGAAUACCCUUGGGAUGAGAAAAUAGAACCGGUAGACAUAGAGAGGAAUUUAUCCACGGUCACUGUGAUGGAUAUCGAAUGUUACGACGAAUUCGUAUCGGCUCGGGUCGAUCCGGAACAGCCGAAAGUAGUGAAAUCUCCGGAAAGGCCGACCACAUCGGCUGCCAUUAUGCCACCGCCGAGGAAGUACAUUGAUAAAAUCAAGCUCCUAACGAGAACACCAAAAGGUCGCGGACCCGAACUACGAGACAUAUUGAGCGCGUUGACUACGAUAAAUUCAGGGGAUUCAUUUAACUUGGAAAGGGCGGAGACUCUAGGCGACUCGUUCUUGAAGUUCGCAGCGAGUCUGUACUUAUUCCACAAAUUCCCGCAGCUGAAUGAAGGCCAGCUCACUAACAUCAAAUGCAAACUCCUCGGAAAUAGAAAUCUGUACUACGCUGGGAGCCGUGUAAAGCUCGGUGGACGUAUGAAGAUCGAGCUUUUUAGCCCUAGGAGAGAUUUCCUCGUGCCAGGCUUCUUCGCACCACAAGACGCUAAAGACUUGAUUGAAGCGAAACAACUCCGUCCUACUUUCCUGAUCGGCAUGCAUUUUCCACGGGACGAAGCAUUGCAAGGAGAGCUGUCUACGAAUAGCAAAGACGUCAUACACAAUCGCUAUGUGGAUAUGGAUGACGCCGCUGAAGAAGAGCCAUUUGGAUGCGCACAGAAUGCUAUGCAAUGCUAUGUCAAAUCUCAAGCUGUGUCAGAUAAGUCCGUUGCCGACUGUGUGGAAGCUUUCAUCGGGACUUACUUGCUUAGUGGCGGUGUGCUUGGCGCUGUUAAAUUCUUAGAGUGGAUGAGGAUAUUACCGGCACAGGACAACUUUGCCCAGCUCCUGUAUAAAUCUAUACCAACUGUACUAUCGGAAAACAAGGCGACAGUUGCUGAUGUGGAAUUCCUCUUGAAUAGCAGCCGAAAGGAUAUCGAACAAAUAUUGCAAUACAAAUUCAAAGAUCCGUCAUACUUGUUAGAGGCCAUGUCGCAUCCGUCGUACAUCCGCAAUAGGCUGACACGUUCAUACGAACGGCUCGAGUUCUUGGGUGACGCAAUACUAGACUUCCUGAUCACCGCUCACAUAUUCGAGAACAGCGAGGAACUGAAGCCGGGCGAUCUGACCGACUUGCGGUCAGCUCUGGUGAACAACGUCACUUUCGCCUCGUAUGUCGUCAAAUUGGGAAUUUACAAGCAUCUGUGCUCCCAGCUUAAUCCUACUCUGGACUGUGCCAUAAUAGCAUUUGUUGAGCAUCAGGAACAAAGGGACCACGAAAUCAUUGAAGACGUAUUGUAUUUGAUUGAAGAAGACGAAUGCCAUUUAGCCGAAUAUGUUGAAGUACCAAAAGUAUUGAGCGACAUAUUCGAGUCGCUUAUAGGUGGUAUAUAUCUAGACUGCGGCGGGGAUUUGCAGAUUGUUUGGUCGGUAAUAUACCGUAUCAUGUGGAAGGAAAUCGAUGCGUUCUCAAAGAUAAUUCCGAAGCAGCCAGUGCGAGUGUUGCAUGAAAAAAUGCACGCAUGCCCUGAGUUCGGGAAACCUCAAAUGACGGAUUCCGAUGUACCCAAAGUCAUGGUUCCUGUGACCAUAACUAAGAACGGAAAACGGCAUACGGUAUACGGUUUCGGGAACAACAAAUUCCAAGCAAAACGAGCCGCCGCAAAGAUGGCGCUCAAAAUACUAUCACUUUAAAUCGCAAUCUUCAAUAAACGGCAAAAAAUAAUAAUAAUAGCAAUCUUUCUUGAGCUCCGUGCUUCGGAAGGCACGUUAAGCUGUCCCGGCUGCAUCUGCAGUCGUUAGCACCCACUAAUCCGUACAGGGCCCCCGUGGUGGGUCACGGCCAAAUCUUCCUUUCCCAUCCAUAGGGGAGGUCUGUGCCCCAGUAGUGGGGACAUUAAUAACCUGAUGCUGUUUAAAAUCGCAAUCUUAAGUCUGUGUAUAUUAAAUGUAAAUACACUACUGUGUAAUGGAAAGGAUACUAGCAUUUGUAACCGGGUAAGGACCAGUUCACACAGAAACGCAACCAGGCACGCACUUUCUGAGAUAGCGACAAGUAAACUUUUAUACAAUUUUAUUGCAGGGCGUAGCGUAACAGUGCAACGCUGUAGAGCAUAUUCGAUGUAUAUCAAAGAAAUGUUUAUCUUUUUGUGUAAAAAAUAAAGUUUUUAUUUGGAAAAAGUGCGUAUCGUUUCGGGGGCUGGUGUGUAUUGUCCCUAAGUGUGUUUGAUAUGUAUGUGACCUCUCCGUUACACUGUAUUUUUUUUAUUUUUUUUAUGAAUAUUAAUAAAUAUUUUAUUUAUUUUUAAAAUAUCACGUGAAGAUGAAGACUUCAUCAUUUGAAGGUAAGGUGGGUGAGGGUUAAGAUUACCUGUCAAGCCAUUAUAGAAAACAAUACCAAAAAACAGAUAGGUACAGCAUUCAAUCAUGUAUUUUUUAUAUUGCAAUUAAAAAAAACUCCUAGUUCACUGAACAGUUAUCUUAAUAAAAAUAAAUCUUUAAUAAAUUAAAUUCUUUUGUUGCUCCAUUUUUGCUCAAAAAAGUUCACAGACGCGUGUCAAACGGAUGAAACUCGCGCCCGCAGUGGUGUCAACCGGUCCGAGAUAUCAAAUCCAUAAACGGUGACUAUAUGUCACUUUGUAUGUAGAUGGACUUCUGUACCUAUUUGUUUUGUGACAAUAAUAUAUGGUCUCUUGUUACUUCCAUAUUAAAAGUUGAACAUUUUAUUUAUAUUGAAACCAAUUGCAUAUAUACACAAACAAACGUAAGAUAACUCAAAUUGUACUUCUUUGCUCUCUCAUGCUUUUGAAAACAAAGCAUAACUGACAAAUUAAUUAUCUAUAUAACUUUAUUAUACUAAUUAGAUUUUCAGGUUAUCCGGGCUGUACUUUAUGAAUAUUGUAGAUAGGCAAAUCUGUUGCCCAUAAUUAUAUAACUUAAAUAUAUUAAUAAAAUUAAGAAAUAAGACUCGCCAAACCAGAGACGUGAUUUUUCUAUGUUUAUUAGAGUUGCUAUAUGUCAAUAUUUUACAAU